AUGGCCACGGCUGAAUUGGGCAGCGCGGCUCGCCUGAAAGCCGGUCGAGAGGGAAUUGGCAGCGCGACCGAGCCGGUGACAGUCACAGGGAAAUUCAAGGAAAUCCUGCCGUUGCCACUCGAAUUCCGCCAGGCGGCCACGGGAGAGUGGCGGAGGGUGGCGGGCGGCCAGAAGGGGCACAGCAGGCACGCCAUCCCACGCAACACCGGCUCCGCUUUGUCCGUUCAUCAGCUAGGCCUUGACACUCCUCACACAUCCUGGCCUCACCACCACACCCCUAGCAUCCUCAACGCCGGCUUCAUCUCCAGCAUCUCGCAUCAAUCCUUGCGCAUCAGUCACCUGCUGCCGCAUCCUUAUAUGAGCCUAACCCGAUCGACUCUUCGUUCGGUUACGUUCAACUCGACCCAAGUCGCCCACGUCUUCAAGCGCACCAGCAGCUUUUCGCAUCAGCCACUCCGAGCCUGCUACUCAACGCACUCGCGCUCCACCCGACCCCGAUCGCUCCAGGCCACCGCACCUUUCGCAGCGCUUUCUGCCGUCUCGCUUCGCAACCAAUCCACCACCAACUCACACACUUCCGACAAUAUGACUGAGCACGUCAACGGUACCAACGGCACCGCCUCGUCGUCCAGCGGCAACAAGGUCCACAAGGUCGUCAUCAUUGGCUCCGGCCCUGCCGGUCACACCGCCGCCAUCUACCUGGCGCGUGCCAACCUCGAGCCCGUGCUCUUCGAGGGCAUGCUCGCCAACGGCCUCGCUCCCGGCGGACAGCUCACCACCACCACCGACGUCGAGAACUUCCCAGGCUUCCCCGAUGGCAUCCGUGGUCCCGAGAUCAUGGACAAGUUCCGCGCACAGUCCGUCCGCUUCGGCACCGAGAUCCACACCGAGACCAUCUCCAAGGUGGAUCUCUCGUCGCGCCCCUUCAAGUUCUGGCGCGAAUACGCCGAGGACCAGGCGCCCGAGCUCACCGACACCCUCAUCAUCGCCACCGGUGCCAGCGCCAAGCGCAUGCACCUUCCGGGCGAGGACACCUACUGGCAGAGCGGUAUCUCGGCCUGCGCCGUCUGCGACGGUGCCGUGCCCAUCUUCCGCAACAAGCCGCUCGUCGUCGUCGGCGGCGGUGACAGCGCGGCCGAGGAGGCCAUGUACCUCACCAAGUACGCUUCGCACGUGCACGUGCUCGUGCGCAGAGACGAGCUGCGUGCGUCCAAGAUCAUGGCCAAGCGUCUGCUGGCGCAUCCCAAGGUGACGGUGCACUUCAACACCGUGCCCACCGAGGCCAAGGGUGACGGCGAGCUGCUCAAGGCGGUGCGCGUCAAGGACACCAAGACGAGCGAGGAACGCGACAUGGACGCCAACGGCCUCUUCUACGCCAUCGGCCACCUCCCCGCCACCUCGCUCGUCAAGGGCCAGGUCGACCUCGACAGCGACGGCUACAUCAUCACCACCCCAGGCACCGCACAGACCUCGGUCAAGGGUGUCUUUGCCGCCGGAGACGUUGCGGACAAGAAGUACCGCCAGGCCAUCACCAGUGCCGGCACCGGCUGCAUUGCUGCGCUCGAGGCGGAGCGCCUGCUCGCAGAGGAGGAGGUGCUCGACCCCGUCGACGCCGCACAGGCCAACCACUACACUGGCACGGACAAGGAAACGCUCACCACUCGCUAUCGAACCAACCUCGGAGAAGUACGACGCAGCACACUCCCGUCUCGCGGCACUCUGGCUCCGCCGACACCACCGAGACAGCGACCUGCCUUGGUAGCCGCGUCACCUCUUCGACUCCGCGCGCAGACGGAUCCUAACGUCAUCGCAGCUGCACUCAUUGCUUUCCUCAGCAUCGACCAACGAUUCCGACAGAGCAUCGCCAUUGGUGCUUCAGCCGCUUCGAACGAGCAGGCGUCUUGA